UCGAACCACGGUGUCGGUAGUGACGCCUCAAGGACUGAGAUGCAGUGCCUUAGACCACUGUGCCACUCGGAGCUUGGGCGGGUCCAGACUGGACAAAAUCUGAAGCAAACAUAUGAUUGGACCAGAUUUGGUCUGGAACGGACCAAAAAUCUAUAUCCGUAGACAUUGAAAUCAAGGUCGGUCUGGACCGCACCAAAUCGGAACCAAACAUAGACGCCUAUGAUUGGUUCAGAUUUGGUCCAGACCGGACCAAAAACCAAUGUCCGUGGAUGUGGAAAUCAAGGUCGGUCCGGACUGCACCAAAACAAACUUCAAAAAGGCAUCGGCAUCCGUCCGAGUUUACUGAGGUGUAGCCUACAACGUUGUCAGAAAUCACAUUUUAUGUACGCUAAUCUAUGUAGUAAGGCUACCGUUUGUAAAAACACCAAAAAAUGACAUCCGGUCUGGACAAUUUACAGAUACAAUCUUGAAACCAAUCUUUUCCCCAAUUUGUGGGCGUGGUCGAGUGGAAUUCCUUAUCGUUACUUGAAUGCCGACUGAGACAAAAGCUUAAAAAUGAACGAAUAGAAGUAUAAAGAGGGUUUCCUGCAGAUGCAGGAAUGCCUACAUGCAGGAACACCCCGAUUUGCGGGCUGGAAUAGAACCCUUCUCAUAGAAGCUAGUGACGAACAUCAUUUAGGCCCUAUUAGACCUAUGUGGCAACAAAUAGGCUAUUCUUUCAAAAGUCAAGUGACCGGAAUUCUACACAUCAUGAUGCACACAUCUUAGCAGGGGGAUAUUGAAUCGUGGAUGUUAAUUGCCAGUGGGGUGAAAGCAGAAGUGUUUCAGUCUCUACCAGUUGUCAGUGGAUACCAGUGUCCAACAGGAGUGCCCAUGGGUGCGGAGGGCUCAAGUAGGCUCAGAGACCAGGUAGAUGGCAGUGGAAUGAGCCUGGGCAAGAAGAAGGGGGUGAAGGUGAGUGUGAAACACGUGGCUCCAGGGGACUGGGACAGAGGGGGGCCGUCCAUAGUCCACCACACCGACUAUGUGAGCAGCCCCAGGCCCUCAGAAAGCAACCCCACCAUCAUCUCUAUCGGCCUCUCUCCCCACUCCCACAGACCCUCUGUGUCUCCAGAGAGGGAUCGACACAGGCAGGAUGAGGGCCCCCCCUCCAGGGUGGAGUGGUCCAGAGAAGGUUGCACCUACAGCCCAAAGGGCGAGUUGGGGGUCUCCAGACAGACCAUGGAUGAGUUGAAGAGUAUCCUGAAGGAUAGUUCCAUGCUUGGUGCCCAGGGGAAGGAGGAGGGUGGGCGUCCUGGGAGCCCAGCCCCUUACACCUACCUGCAUGGCACCAACAGGGGAGAUGGACGGCCGGAGUCCCAGUCCUCCUUCACCACUUUCAAGCCCCACUCUGAUGCUUCCGGAGGGGUGUCCACCAGGUCCAGGGACAACAGCUCCCUCCAGCUUAGCUCCGGUAUGGACUCGUCAACCUCAUACAGGUCAGAUGUGACUGGAGCAAACAGGCAAUCCGGAGUACGGUCGUCCACGUUCGAGAGCAGCAGUGCCAACUGUGGAGAUAACAGUAAAGACAACAUGGAUAAGUCUGGGACUCAGAGCUUUGUCUCAGCCAUGGAGCACAUCAAGCAGCAGAUUGCCCGGGAGAAUAUCAACUUUGUUCGCUUCGAGGCCACAGAUCUCCAUGGGGUAUCCAGGUCUAAGACAGUGCCAGUCCGCUUCUUUCAUGAGAAAGCAGUAUACGGGGUGCCGAUGCCAAGAAGCUACCUAGAGCUGACCCUGAGCCCUAAGAGCUGUGAGGUGGACCACGCCAACAACCCUGCCAACUUCAGUAGCGACGUGUUGCUUAUCCCAGACCUGUCGACCUUCAGGGUGCUGCCCUGGGCAGAGCAGACGGCCCGGGUCAUCUGUGACCCCUGCAUGAUAACCGGCAGCCCCCUGCGUACCGCACCCCGCCUCAUUGCCAAGCAGCUGAUGGGGCAGCUCCAGAACAUGGGUUUCUUCCUGUACUCAUCCUUCACCUACGAGUGCUGUGUCCUGGGUGCGUCCGACAGGGUGGCCCCCAAGACCAUGCUGUUCCCUGCCACCACCCUGGCCAGCAACCACGACCUGCCCUUCUUCCAGCAGCUGGUGAAUGGGAUGUACUGCAUGGGGGCCGAUGUGGACAGUUUGGCCUCAGCCAUGGUGCCCGGUCAGAUGGAGAUCAACUUGAGGCCGGAGUUUGGCAUCGCGGCCGCCGACACCGCCUUCACGUUUCAUACUGGCAUCAAAGAGAUGGCAAGGAAAUACAGCUACAACGCCAGCUUCUUCACCGACGACAGCAUGUACAACGCCGGGGUGCUUUCCCACUCUCUCUGGGACGCCAACGGCCACCGUAGUCUCUUCGACACCGGGGACCACGGCGCAGGGGAGCUGUCGGAGAUUGGCAGGAAGUGGCUUGCGGGGCUCUUGAGCCACUCGGCCGCCCUGAGCUGCCUGCUCUCCCCUGGGCUGGGCUGCCGCAGCCACAUCGCCAAGAAGGUUAAAGACCCCAAGCACAACGUGCUUUACGCCACCUAUGGCUACAACGACAACAGCAGCGCCUUCAAUGUAAAAUGCCACGGCGGGCGGAAGAUGCAUAUCGACAACAAGCUGGGCUCGGCCAUGGCUAACCCAUACGUGGUGCUGGCGGCCACCGUGGCGGCAGGACUGGACGGUAUCAAACGCAACCUGGCGGCUGAGACGGGUCUGACCAGGGCCUCCACCCACACCCAGCUGGGGAAACAGCAGUUUGCCAUCCCCGUGAAGCUGGAGGACUCUCUGGUGGCUUUGAGUGAAGACCAUGUGAUUCGCGGAGCGCUGGGAGAACCAUUUGUGCAGUAUUUUAUUGCUCUGAAGCAAUUUGAGAUUGAGACUGAAGAAUUGGAUGCAGAGAGAAACAAAUGUCUGGAAUAUUUCAUAUAGAAGUACUCAAUAUUGUACAGUCAGAUUCCUGUGAAACAAAUGGAUUGAUUGAAUUCACACAAUGCUUUCUUUCAACAUAUAUAUAUAUAUAUUUUAUUCCAUAUUUGACAGAAAACAAUAAAAACAUGAUUGAAAUAUC